UUCUAAUUGCUUCCAAGUGAGGUCAGCAAAGGUAUUUAUCGAAAAGGACUGAACAACAGGCUCAACACACACACGCACGCGCACACACAAGCGCAUACACACACCACCACUCUUGCGUGUUGAUUUAUGGAAACAAUUAUAAUUCUGCUGAAGUCUUUCUGAGCUGAGAAAGUUUGUAGCUACAGUAGAGAGUCUCAUGUUGCAAAAGACAGACAACAGAAAUGGAAUACUUGUGUAUCCAGCUGUUAUCAACAGAAACAAAUCUUUUACUUUCAGUGCAAGCAGCAAAAUCAAGUAGUACAGAAGGUCAUGACAGCCAAGGUUAUUAUAACCUGUUUCUUUAAAGGAUAUCCUGACUGAAAAGAUAUUUAAGGAGCUAUCCUGUUUCAACAUCAGUAACUAUUAAGGAAUAAGGAUCAGAAUUCUGGAAGAGGAAGCAAUCUCAAUUAAACCAAUCUACAACUCGCUGUAAAGACAGAAGGCAGGUCAAUGACCUAGGAGCAACGAUCUACUUGAGAUUUAAUUUUCAUUAUGUUGUUCAUGAACACCCAGAACACCGCACUAUAAUGCACAAAUGGAUACUGACAUGGAUCCUGCCAACUUUGCUCUACAGAUCAUAUUUUUACAUUAUCUUUUUAGUGGGCACUAUAUCUUUAGCUUGCAAUGACAUGACUCCAGAGCAAAUGGCUACAAAUGUGAACUGUUCCAGCCCUGAGCGACAUACCAGAAGCUAUGAUUAUAUGGAGGGGGGGGAUGUAAGAGUGAGAAGACUUUUCUGUCGAACUCAGUGGUAUAUGAGGAUUGAUAAACGAGGCAAAAUAAAAGGGACACGAGAAGCAAACAACAACUACAGUAUUCUGGAAAUAAGAACAGUGGCAGUUGGAGUAGUGGCAAUCAAAGGUGUGGAAAGUGAAUACUUUCUAGCAAUGAACAAGUCUGGAAAACUCUAUGGAAAGAAAGUAUGCAAUGAGGACUGCAACUUCAGAGAACUGAUUGAAGAAAACCAUUACAAUACUUAUGCUUCAGCAAACUGGACAAACAAAGGGAAAGAGAUGUUUGUGACAUUAAACCACAAAGGUGUCCCUAUGAAAGGUAAAAAAACAAAGAAAGAACACAAAGCAUCCCACUUUCUUCCUUUGGCAAUAUCCUAAUCAUAUAUGAUCUAUAGAGAACUAGUUCCAGCAGGAAGAUUAUUUUUAAGAAGACUGAACAAGUAAUCAAGAGAGGCUGGAAUACUACUGAAAAACUGAACAAGCUGGACUUGCGCAUUUAUGUUUAUUUUAAAGAGACUUCAUUAAAAAGAUUUGAAAAUAUACACAAAAUCAGAUUUAGUAACUAAAAGUUGUAAAAAAUUGUAAAGAGUUGUACAAUCAUUAUGUUAGUAAUAGUAACUGGGUAGUUUCUUAAAUUAAUUUACCCUUAAGAGUAAGUCAUGACUUGAUUAUCUGAUGAUAUUUUAUUUAAAAAACCUAUCUGCUUAUUAAACUUGGCUGCUAUAAUAAUAAUAAAGCAGAUGAUAAUGUUAUGUAAAAUAUGUCGGACUUUAAGGCUGCUGGAAUGAUUUGUCAGAUUAUCAAGUCAAAUACUAAACGUGGAGAUUGAGCAGUAUUUUAAAUAGUUCCCAGAGAAACUGAUAAACUAUACAUAAACUAGGAUCAGAAAAAAACCUUAAAUCUUGUAAAUUUGUUACUGUCAUAUUCCAAUUAAAAAAAGCUUGUUUGGAAAAUUAAGGUUGCACCACUACAAAAUGUCAAAUGUAUUAACAAGAACAAAUACCUAAUGCUGCUCUAAAAGAUGUUUCAAAAUAGUGUAUGUAAAAUAAUAGGAAUAGGGAAUAAAUAAAAAUGUACUUCAUCUCACUUUCCACAAAAUAACAUUUUAUAUAACGACGAAGUAAAAAUUCAGACAUCUUAAGGUUUUUUAUGUAACAUAACCUAUCUUUUGUAUAAUUCCUGUUAGGGCAUAUGGCUUUUAAUAUUGUUUUUCCACCGUUAUUCAUGCUUUUUCUCUUGUUACAGCAUUAAACUUUAUUUUAAGUUAUAUUUGAACUUUAUUGUUCUAAGUUAUUUAAGUUGAUGUUAUUUAUAAAAAAAACUUAUUAAGCUGCAUCUGUUUCAUAUGCUUUUAAUUCUAAAGGAAUAACAAAAUGGUCUGGCUGAGCUGCAUUGGUUUUUUUCUAUGACCAGACACAAAGUCUAGUACACAACACUCUUGCCAAUGUGCCCUGGAUGGCAGACAAAAAUGACAGCCUGCAGCAAUUUUUACAAAUGAAGUCUCACAGGGAACAACCCAAAAAUGUAAAAAAUCUUUUGCCACAUACUCCUGCCAAUUAAGUUUGAUAGUAUUCCCAGAGUUACAGCAGAUAUAGUAAGGAUGUGGAUAUUGGGCUACAUCCUCAGUUGGUAUAAAUCAGCACUGAGUUCUAUGGAGCUACACCAAUUUACACCACCUGGGGAAAUGGUCCAGAAAAUCUAGCCAAUAACAAUGAAACCUCAUGACACUAGAGAUUUAAAUCCUCUAUCCACAGACGUAAAGCAAUAGUUCAAUAAACUAUUGCCACAUGAAUAGUUCAGUGUCUCUACUUUAAUUCUUGCCCUCGCUCUUCAGUCUGGCAACAAAUUUGCCAGUUAAUAUUAUACGAGUACUUGUCUGCUAUAGGAAAUGGACAGAGAUCACCAAAUAAUUACACUAAAAAGCAGCUGUUAGAUGAUCACCAUUAACCUCAGAUAGAUUCAAAGCAGUUUCCAAUGGAGUUAAAGCUCAAUUUUCCGCUACAGACUCUUGAGCUGCAUCUACAAUAGGGCAUUUGCCAGUAUAGAAAUGUUUUUUUAAAAAAAUCACACCCUUAACCAACAUUACUGUACUGGCAAAAGUUUCUAGAGCGGACCAGGCCUAGGUUAAUCAAGUUUUGAAAGCAAAAAAUGAAACCCCACUAACAUUGUGUUUAGCUACUCUAUUGAAGCUGGAUUUAAAACGCAACCAUAUGCCAACAUGCUUAAAAUUAAAUCCAGAAUCAGAGUUGGCUUUUCUAAAGAUCUUAUGAUUAGGUAAUUCAAACAAAGAGCAGUAAGAUCAAAUGUUUCUUAAACUUUGUUGAUCAUUUUUAUUUGCACUUUUUGAUAUUUGCCUUGCCUAUUCGGCUGACAUUGUGAUACCUUGAACUAUCUGUAUAAGAUCUAGGAUCAGAAGAGGCUGAAUAUCUAUGUUCAUGUUGCAAAGAAGACUGCCAGCUUAUAAGGAAAGAUGAUCAAGAUCAAACAAAAACAUUUAAAAUCAUUGCAAUGUAAUUAACAGGCCAGAUCGUACUCCCUUUGAUCCAUGCAUAGAGGAUCAUUCACACACGGAUCAUCACCUUUAUCUGUGGAGGGAAACUACCUAGCCCAAUGUUUGUUAAAUGAUUGAAUAUAAAAAGUAUUAUAAAAUGAUAAAUAUUAUUGGCAUGGAGAGGUGAAACGUCAUUUUUCUAUCUGGACUAGCCUACCUGUUUGAUUUUAAGGGAAUUCUGCAUGUGAGGUUGCUGUAGUAUGAAGCAGUGUGUCUGCUCCAUACUCACAGCCACUGCUCUCAAUCAGAACCACUGGAUACGUGCACUUUUGAAAAUGUGGCCAUGCCAUUUAGGUGCCUAAAUAGGAGAUGAGCUCUUUUAAACAUAUGGACCCAUAAGUAAUUUCAUACUCAUACUUUUGGAAGAGACGUAUUGUAAAUUCUCAGUUAUUAGAUUUGCUUCUCUAAUCAAAUAAAA